AUGGUGGCGGCGAGUCGAACGCUGCAGGUGGUAUUGUUAAGUGGUCAGACAACCCAGCUGAUUGUGCAGCCUGAGACCACCCUGAAGGAGGUGAAGGAGGCAGCUGAGGAUAAGUUAGAGGUUGGCAUUGGGCACUUCGUCCGAGAGGAUGGUACAGUCAUGAAUGAAUCGCACAAGGAGCUGACCGUUGCUGGAAUGGAGCUGCGGCAAGGGGAAGCCCUUCAAGCUGUGGCCGGGUACAACAUCAAAGUUAAGUACUAUGCCCAAGCUUUGUUGGACAAGAUUAAUCCAAGCGAGAGCAGAGGCGACAUAAACAUCAUGGAUGACCUCAUAGGCAUUCAGCUGCGUAAUGUUGAAGACUUGAAGUGCAUCGCCCAAGCCAUCUUCAAGAAGGCAAUAGCAGAGCCCGCCCACGGCGAAAGCUGCGCGCGCAUCGCGUUCGGUUUGAUGGAGCGUUACCCGGAAUUUCCACCUGAAAACGAGCGUCAGAAGCCGGUGUGUUUCACUCGUGCGUUACUCACCAUCUGCCAGGAGGAAUAUGAAGAAAUGGUCAGCAUGCUUAGCACCUUUGAAGCAUCGCUACAGGACGAGGCCAAGUUCCCAAGAGCUGAGGCCGAGCAAGCGGAGCUCAGUAGAAGGAGACGCAUGAUGCUGGCGUGUGUCAGUUUUAUCGGACAUCUGUACUUGGAACGGCUUUUGGCAGUAAAAGUGAUUGGGCAGGUUGUUCAUGACCUGAUAGGCGUUAAAAGAGGCGACAAUCCUCCACCGGAGCCGCACGCAAUCAACUGUGCGCUGCAGCUUCUUACAUUGGUCGGGCGGACUUUGGACGCCCAGCCGAAUGGGGUGGUCUUAUUGAACAGAAUCGCAGAGCGGCUGCGAGCUCUGCCGUUACUUCAAGUCGCCGGCCUUCCGUGUUACUCGCCCCAAGUUCGAUUUGCCAUUAAUGACGUGCUGAGAUGCCGCAGGGACGCCUGGCAGCCUCGGGUUAACUUCGAGCACCUGCAGUGA